AUGGCCUCAUUAUUCUUUAAAGGUGUCAGACUCAGCCGGACACAAGGCACCCGGUUUUCACAAGUUCGCUUCGCAUCUACCACUGCAGCUGUUGCUGAAAAAUCUGGACAAGUUACAAAAGGUGUCCAAAACUUGGCUACAAAAAUUGCAGCUCUUAGAAAACCCAUCCUCUACAAUGCUGCAGUCGUGAGAGAACUGGUAAAGGAAGUUUGGAAGAGGGAAGACCUUUCACCUCCAAGUCUCGCGCAAAUAGAAGAAGCACGUUCUUAUCUUCAAAAGACACUACAUUGGAAGCAUAUUAAAUCACUAAGUCUAUACGAUUAUGCGAGAAUUGGUGUACGCUCAGCAGAAGUAGCUGGGUUCUUCUUUAUCGGUGAGGUCAUCGGCAGACGAUCGCUCAUCGGUUAUAAUGUCUAG